AUGGUUCUGAACAAUCGAGCUAGCCCAGGUUGCGCAAACUGUCGAUCAAGGCGGAUCAAGUGCAAUCUUCUGAGACCAAGAUGUAGCCAGUGUUCACGAGCUGGCCUCAAAUGUGCCGGAUAUCGGACUCAUCUGGACGUCAUAUUUCGCGAUCAGACUCGAGCCACAGUCCAAAAAGCUGGUCCCAAAACCACGAGGGAGCCGGAUGUCCUUCAAAUGUUCUCGAUGGGUAUUCGACAGGAGGAAAUCGCGUCAAAAAUAUUCUUCGAAAGCUUCCCGAUCAUGGGCGGGGAAUGCAAGAUCGCAAUGGAAUCUCGAGCAGAUCUGGUCUCGUGUGCGAAUAUCAGCAUGGUUUCAGUCGGACUUGCAGCUCUGGCAUCGAUGCAACAAGAACCUUGGAUAAUGUGGUCGGCAAGAGAAAAAUACCUUUUGGCUUUGCGAAAACUGGCUUAUGCCACAUCGCAUCCUUGGGAGGCUCCUAUUGAACAAUCUAUUGGCGCAAGCUUUAUAUUGUCAAUUUUCGAGAUGAUGACUUGUGAUAUGGGCAUGAAGUCGCCACCAUGGAUUAAACAUCUUUAUGGAACAAUGGCCUUUUUGUACUUAUCAUUUGUGUCCAAGAAAGGGCAAGAUAUACCAAUUGGUCCGAUGAAAGAGAUCUUGGAGAUCAGCUAUACUAUUACUCUUGCGUGUCUGAUAAACGAACAGCCUGUUCCAGCAUUCCUAUCUGAGAUAAUGAGUUAUUACGUUCAGCAAAAUAAUUCAGCGAGCGCAAAUAGCACAUUGAUUCCAGCAGCCAGAUUGUUUCCGAUCUUGAGCAAUCUCGUCAAUACUUAUCGUCCCAAGAACCAAGCAACUGCUUCUUCAAAUGCCAGCAGCCACGCACUUAAAGAAUGGGUGCUCUAUUUGCCUGAAGAGUGGCACUAUCACUCCUUGAAAGAGGGCAGACCGAUAUAUUCAAGCUCUUGGGUCGCUAAAGUGUGGAACUAUUACCGUCUCGCUCAAAAGCUCGCUGCCGUAUCCACUCUUGAGACAACUACAUCAUCCUCUACCAGUGUUUUCGAGCAAGACAUUAUUGCCAGCCUGCCAUUUAUAUUUGAAUCAUCUCCAUCGAGUUAUUUCUCUGACGACCUUUUUUUUGUCAUCACAAUUUUGCAAGCGUUGUCAAAAUUGACUCAAAAAUGCACUGUGAUGCACCGACUGGAGAGCUUAGCAGGCCCCAUUGGCGGAGUAAAAUACCUCACACUGAAGGAAACUGUGAUUCGGAAUCUAGUUUGA